AUGACCUCCCCUCACCCAGUAUUACAGGACCUCCCCCACCCAGUAUUGCAGGACUUCCCUUCAUCCAGUAUUACAGGACCUCCCUCCACCAAGUAUUACAGGACCUCCCCCACCCAGUAUUGCAGGACUUCCCUUCACCCAGUAUUACAGGACCUCCCCUCACCCAGUUUUGCAGGACUUCCCUUCACCCAGUAUUACAGGACCUCCCCUCACCCAGUAUUGCAGGACUUCCCUUCACCCAGUAUUACAGGACCUCCCCUCACCCAGUAUUACAGGAGCUCCCCUCACCCAGUAUUACAGGACCUCCCCUCACCCAGUAUUACAGGACCUCCCCCACCCAGUAAUGCACGACUUCCCUUCGACCAGUAUUACAGGACCUCCCCUCACCAAGUAUUACAGGACCUCCCCCACCCAGUAUUGCAGGACUUCCCUUCACCCAGUAUUACAGGACCUCCCCUCACCCAUAUUACAGGACCUCCCCCACCCAGUAUUGCAGGACUUCCCUUCACCCAGUAUUACAGGACCUCCCCUCACCCAGUAUUACAGGACCUCCCCUCACCCAGUAUUACAGGACCUCCCUUCACCCAGUAUUACAGGACCUCCCCUCACCCAGUAUUGCAGGAGCUCCCCUCACCCAGUAUUACAGGACCUCCCUUCACCCAGUAUUACAGGACCUCCCUUCACCCAGUAUUACAUGACCUCCCCUCACCCAGUAUUACAGGACCUUCCUUCACCCAGUAUUACAGGACCUCCCCUCACCCAGUAUUGCAGGACCUCCCCUCACCCAGUAUUACAGGACAUCACCUAGUAUUACAGGACAUCACCCAGUAUUACAGGACCUCCCCUCACCCAGUAUUGCAGGACCUCCCCUCACCUAGUAUUACAGGACAUCACCCAGUAUUACAGGACAUCACCUAG